AUGCCGAUAUGGGAUCCUCUUGUCCCUGCUGAGCGGGUCAUCCAGAGGGGACUUACACACCUACCCACGUGGAUCAGCCGCUGGCUUGGAUACCGAGGAACACCUAUGCCUCCGUCUCGUACCUGGGUUGUCUGUCUUUGGGGCUUUAUUGGUGCUUGGGGAGGUGUUGCUUCAAUCAUUGCUGUGUUCGGACACACUCAUUACUUUCACAACAUACAUCUGGUGCCACCAAUUGUUGCUUCGUUUGGCGCCUCAGCGAUCCUUUGCUACGGUGCUAUCGAUGUACCCUUGGCGCAGCCUCGUUCUCUCAUCUUUGGCCACUUCUUUAGCGGAUUGACUGGUGUUAUCAUUGCGACCAUUUUCCAGUUCAACCUGCAGGACGAUCCUUACCCACGGUUUCAGUGGCUUGCAGCAAGUCUAGCUACCGCCUUUGCCCUGGUGGUCAUGCACCUUACCAAGACGACUCAUCCUCCAGCUGGCGCAACAGCCCUGAUCCCCUGUGUCGAUCCGCACAUCUGGGCUUUACGAUGGUACUACCUGCCAGUUCUUCUGCUCUCGUCCAUGAUUGUACUCGUGAGCGCGUGCAUAGUCAACAACCUCCAGCGUCAGUACCCUAAAUUCUGGGUUGCGCAAAUUCCACCACCAUCUGUGCCUGCGCCAAAGCCUGUAGUGGAAGAGAAGUCGAUCGAAAGAUCCAGUGAUGGCGAUACUCUGGGUGACAUGGAGAGAGGACCGCUAUAA